UUAGAAGAGAACUUACUGCUUCACGAGGACAGGAAUUGUGGUACUAAUUACAUCUUCUAUCGCGCGCCAGACGGAAAAGACACUUUUUAACGUCGGGCACCGUGUUUAACGGAGAUUGCUGCUAAAGGUUUUCUUUUCUUAUUAUUGCUGUUUAACGGCAAGUAUUAUUCGUCUUAUAUCUCGAGUUUUGUUGGGUUUGUUUUUGUUAUUGUGUGCGUAAUGAUGGCUACUUACCAAAACUCUGAAGAUGACGCAAUGGCCUUGAUGGUCCAUGACACUAACACGGCUAAGGAGAAGGUGAUAUCCAAAGACGAGCCGAACCAGGAGAAGAGUUCGGAGAAGUCGGAUCCGUCUCAGAAACCACCGUACUCUUACGUCGCCUUGAUUGCCAUGGCGAUUCGGGAAAGUGCAGAGAAAAGACUCACAUUGUCGGGCAUUUACCAGUACAUAAUCACAAAGUUCCCUUUCUACGAAAAGAACAAGAAAGGCUGGCAAAAUAGCAUACGGCACAAUUUAAGUCUUAACGAGUGCUUCAUCAAGGUACCGCGCGAAGGCGGGGGCGAAAGGAAGGGAAAUUACUGGACCUUGGACCCGGCGUGCGAGGACAUGUUCGAGAAGGGAAACUACCGAAGGAGGCGGAGAAUGAAGCGGCCGUUUAGACCCCCACCGACCCACUUUCAGCCUGGAAAGUCUCUCUUCGGGGGCGAUGGAUACGGCUACCUGACUCCUCCAAAGUAUCUGCAGUCCAGCUUCAUGAACAAUUCUUGGUCUCUCAGCCAGCCGCCCACACCUAUGCCCUAUACAUCUUGCCAAAUGGCAAGUGGAAACGUGAGUCCCGUCAACGUCAAAGGACUGUCAGCUCCAUCAUCUUACAACCCGUAUUCCCGAGUGCAGAGCAUGGCUCUGCCCGGCAUGGUGAACUCCUACAACGGCAUGAGCCACCACCAUCACCCGCAUGCUCACCACCCCCAGCAGCUGAGCCCGGCCACAGCGACGCCGUCCUCCGUCCCUUCUAGUAACGGAGCGGGGCUCCAGUUCGCCUGCUCCCGUCAGCCGGCGGAGCUGUCUAUGAUGCAUUGCUCGUACUGGGACCACGACAGUAAACAUUCUGCAUUACACACACGGAUUGACAUUUAAAUUAUCUAGGGGGGAUCCAUUCGAACACACGGGACUCCUGAAAAAAAAAGAAAAAAAAAUGGAAGUCGAAAUGCGUAUUUUCAAGAUUUGUUAUCAUUUCAAUGGCUGUUUUAGUGCGUAGCCUCCUGGAAAGCAAUCUCGUUUUCGUCCCUGUGAGUGAUCGGGAGUUAUGAGUGCCGAGACAUGACAGUAUGUACUUUGACAAACUGGAAAUGUUGAAGAAAACGAGAAAAGCGGGAGGCAGGGACAUGGAAGCGCCCUGUCCCUAACAUGGCCGUUGCGCCUCUGUGCCGCAGCGCUAUAGAGGAUAGUGUGUUUGUAUGGUACAUCUGUACAAUUCGACCAUUUUCCUGAACAAGGGAAUCACGAUUUAAAACACUAUUUAAAAUGUCUGUCGAAUGCAAGCUCGAAUAUGCGUUUAUGCUGUACCGAAGUAAAUAUCAUAGUCACAUGAAAUAGAAAAUAGUCCAAACCCCAAUUGCUAAUUCAUUCAAAAAGAUUGAAAACAACUAAUUUUUGAGUAAGUGUAAAGCAAACUAACAUCGGGUAUUGGGCAGAGACGGACAAGGUGAUAAAUUCAGUUCUUAGUCCCGAAACCCACAUUGUCUUAUUAAUGUUUUUACAUGGGGCAAGUUAAUAUGUGAUGGAUUUAUAGAAACUGAGAAGUCAAACUUACCUGUGUACUUUGUUAGACCAAAGAUAUAUUGUUCCUUCAGGAGUCAUUUAUUUGUAGACUUUGUGACCUCUCAUAGAAAUCGUUAGUUUGCCAUAACAUCAUCCAGUGCCAGUUUUUAACUUUCUUAUUUUAUAAACGCAAUUAUUUUGUCUCAUACACGUUGGGACCAUGUUAAAUUAGCACUUUCUUCCUUUUUUAGUAUUGUGAAUUUCUUAAUAAACCUGUAUUUCUUUCAAAGUAA